AUGGCGAGAGGGAUAGAUAUUCUGAAGGCCAAACUUCCAAAGGCCCCAACGGGAAGGAGGCCGAUUGGCUAUAGAGGAAACCACCAGCAUGGAAAAUCGCUGUAUGACCCAGUUUACCCCACGACGAAGAUUCCUACGAGCCUCGUGCCACGCUACCCAAUAGACUGGCGAAACGGAGGGAGGUUCCUCCUGUGUGUUGGUCUCAGGAGAAUCGAAAAUCGCAUCAUAAAACGGAUGAAGGAGAGUCAAGACUUCAAUCGACCGGAAUGUAAGACGUGUAGUCAUGACUGCAUAGCCACAUACAACCGCUGCCUAUGUGCCUGGUAUUGUAAAGACGAAUAUAAGCACGUCUAUCAGUGUGACGAGCUGUUGCUACAAUAUAAGGGAGAAACACCAACGGACAAGCCACUCUUUACUGUCCCGAGGUGGGUAGCCAAAAGGAACUCCGAGCAGGGAGUCGAAUAUCAGUUUAGUGAGAAGACGGGACGGUUUGAAAAUGCUCAAGGGGAAGUAGACGUGUAUAAGCUCUUUUAUAAAAAGCUGCAUUAUGGAGCUGACUCCACUGCCCAUGAAGUGGGGGGGGGCAGUACGACUGGUGGGCGCGCGAUUGGUGGACGCGCGAUUGGCGGCCCUGCAGAGGAGGGGCAACUCUCCGGUUCGGAUUCCGACAUGACGGACAGUGAUGAGGAGGGGUAG